AUGGGCUGCCUCGCCCUGCUUUCACCUCCAGAUGCUGAGAAGACCCCUGGCUACUGGAACAAAGGGGCCAGAAGGAGGCUAGAGCUGGCCCUGGCAUUGCAGCCAGCAGCACGGAGGGCAAAAAACAUCAUCCUCUUCAUGGGUGACGGUAUGGGGCUGCCCACUGUAUCAGCAGCUCGGAUCUACAAGGGGCAGCUGGCUGGAGGCUCUGGUGAGGAGAGUGUCUUGGCCAUGGAGACCUUUCCCCAUGUGGCCCUGGCCAAGACCUACACCAUUGACCGGCAAGUACCUGACAGUGCUGGCACAGGCACAGCCUACCUGUGUGGGGUGAAGUCUAAUGCCAAGACACUGGGACUGAGCGGGGCAGCCAUCUAUGGCAAGUGCCGCACCACGUUUGGCAACGAGGUGGACUCCAUCCUACACCGGGCCAAGCUGGCAGGCAAGUCCGUGGGCAUCGUGACAACCACACGGGUGCAGCACGCGUCCCCCGGGGCAGCCUAUGCCCACUCAGCCAGCCGGACCUGGUAUGCCGAUGCCAACAUGCCUGGGGAGGCGCUGCGGGAUGGCUGCAAGGACAUCGCCUACCAGCUGGUGCACAACACAGACAUCAACGUGAUCCUGGGCGGUGGGCGGAUGUACAUGACCCCCAAGUGGACCCCAGACCCUGAAUACCCGGAAGACUCGUCUCAGAAUGGCACCAGGAAGGAUGGUCUCGACUUGAUUUCUGAAUGGCUGAGUGACAAGCAGGGUGCCCACUAUGUCUGGGACAAGAAGGGCCUGGAUGCAGUUGAUGACUCUGUGAGCCACCUGAUGGGCCUCUUUGAGCCCAAGGACAUGAAGUAUGAGCUGAACCGCAAUGCCUCCACGGACCCUUCCAUCGUGGAGAUGACGGAAAAGGCCAUUCGCAUCCUGCGCAGGAACCCCAAUGGCUUCUUCCUCUUUGUGGAAGAUGACCACAUUCCUUGUGCAGGUGGCAGGAUCGACCACGGCCAUCACAGUGGCCAGGCCAAGCAGGCGCUGAUGGAGACUGUCAUGCUGGACCGUGCAGUGGCACGGGCAGGCGAGCUCACCUCCCCCUCCGACACCUUGACUGUGGUCACAGCUGAUCACUCCCAUGUCUUCACCUUUGGGGGCAACACACUGCGUGGCACCUCCAUCUUUGGGCUGGCCCCCAAGAAAGCCAAGGACAAGCGAGCCUACACCAGCAUCCUCUAUGGUAAUGGGCCUGGCUACAGCAUCCGCAAUGGGGGCCGCCCAGCUGCCAGCCUCCCUGCCGCAGAGGACAAGGACUACAGGCAGCAGGCAGCUGUGCCCCUGGAGACGGAGACCCACAGCGGAGAGGAUGUGGUGGUGCUGGCCCAGGGCCCCAUGGCUCACCUCUUCUACGGGGUGCAGGAACAGCACUACAUCGCCCAUGCCAUGGCCUAUGCUGCCUGCAUUGAGCCCUACGCAGCUGAGCCUGGGUGUGGGGCAGCCCGCAGGGCCUCUCAUGGAACCCAGUGCUCCUCACAGCCCCUUCUCGCCCUCCUGGCCCUCUGCAUAGUUGCCCACCUGGUGGGCAGCUGA